GAUGGCACCACUUCUAAAUUCAAUGCCUCAUUGUAGUUCAAUCUGAUCCAAGAUGUCUGCUGCGGCAUUGACACGUCGCGUUUUUGGUCAACAAACAUUUAAUUUUAUCGACUUAACGAUUUCGGUGUUAUCUCAGGUGCCAAGAAGGUACAAGUGGAAACUCGUGAAGCUGCCAAAACCGGGCAUUGGCAUAGGCUAUCGAAGAACCGUCCAUUACAAGGAUGAAUACACGGUGGAGCCUUUACAAGUAACCAAUCUAGCAGGGAGAGAUCCUGUCACAGGCAGACUAGUAGCCAAGGGUAUCGGGGGUGGCAUAAAGCACAAGUAUCAUUGGAUCAAGUGGAUCAGGGAUGGACCUAAGGAUCUUAACGAACCGCCGAAAGAAGAAAAAGUCUUAGAUGUCUUUAAGGACGGUUGUAGAACGAGUAAUGUCGCGUUGAUUGGUAGCAGUCGCGAACUCAAAUAUAUUUUAGCUACGGAAAAUAUGAAACCGGGCGACAUAAUACGUACCCAUCAGGGAAUACCGCGUAAUCAUGUGAGACCUUCGGAGGGAGAUGCUUAUCCUCUCGGCGCUUUACCCAACGGGACCUUCGUUCAUUGUGUAGAAAAAUAUCCGGGAUUAGGCGGGUUCCUAAUUCACGCUGCUGGUACCUUCGGAACAAUAAUGAAGCAAGACGGGGAUCGCGUGGUAGUACAGAUGCCUAGUAAGAAGCUUUUUAGCCUCCACGAGACGUGUAUGGCUACGGUUGGUCGAUUGUCAAAUAUCGAACACGAUUCCACGCCAAUUGGUAGCGCGCAGAAAAAUCGGGAAUUGGGAAAUCGACCAAGGAGCGGUUUAUGGCAACGCAAAACUGGUAGAUUCGGUCGUAAAAUCAAACCGCCUCCUCGGGUACAACGUGUUGGCGAUAAAAAACGAGCAGCUCCCGAAAUGCUUGUUUUGAAUAGUCCUCACAAUGCUUAAACUAUCUCACGAAUAAAUUGCAGUAAUAAGUUAAGAUAUGUAAUAAACACUGGUUUCGAACAUUCAA